AUGGGCGGCUCGCAACCAUGGCAUCAGGUUCCGGUCCAGAACAAAACCCAUACCGAUGCUGCAGUUGUCAUCAUCGGGGCCGGCAUCUCUGGCAUGUGCAUGGCUAUUGAUCUCAUCAAACGCAACAAAUGCCACAACUUCAUCAUUGUAGAAAAGAGUUCUAGUGUUGGUGGCACAUGGCAUGACAACAAAUAUCCUGGUUGCUGCUGUGAUGUCUGGAGCAUGCUGUACAGCUACUCGUUUGAGCAAAACCCAGAGUGGACGAGAGAAUAUCCAGGGCAAGAGGAGAUACUCGACUACCUUCGGAAUGUAGCACGCAAGUACAACCUGUACAAAUACAUUCGCUUCAACACCGCCGUCGAGGCUGCGACGUGGGACGACUCCAAAAACCGAUGGAGAGUUGACGUCAAUGUGAUCGGUAGCAAGGAUGCUGAGUUUGCCUCUGGAUACAGCAUCGAGUGCGACUUUCUGGUCUCGGCAGUCGGCCAGCUUAAUCAGCCUCGAUAUCCCGAUAUACCAGGCCUGCAAGACUUCAAAGGCAAAGUCAUGCACUCUGCACGCUGGGAUUGGAGCCACACCCUCGAGGGGAAGCGUGUUGGAAUCAUUGGAAACGGUGCAACAGCUGCGCAAAUCAUACCCGACAUUCUGCCUCAGAUCUCCUCCUUGACAGUAUACCAGCGCUCUCCCAACUGGGUCAUUCCACGUCUUGACAGUCCUAUCAGCGACUUCAGGCGUGCCCUCCAGCGCUAUGUGCCCCCUGUCAGCUGGCGCAUUCGCAGCAUGAUGAUGGAUUUCCGUGAAUCCUUCUAUGAUGCCGUAAGCAAUAACCAAAGCCCCAUGGCCAAAGAUGUCCGUGCCGCCUGCAAGGGCAUGAUGGAGAAGCAGAUUCCCAACCGGCCUGAUCUCUGGGAAAAACUCACUCCAGACUACAACCCAGGCUGCAAACGCGUCAUCAUAUCCGACGACUUUUUUCCCGCUCUCGCGAGCCCAAAGACACAGCUUGAGACCACAAAGAUACGCAGGGUUACCGAAUCGGGCAUUGAACUCGAAGACGGCACACACCACGACCAUGACACCAUCGUCCUCGCCACGGGCUUCCGUACCCUCGAGUUCCUACACCCCAUUCACGUGACCGGGACACAAAACCGCGGCCUCUCCUCCAUCUGGAAGGGUGGUGCCUAUGCCCUAUACGGCACCUCUGUACCCUCACUACCUAAUUUUGGUAUGUUUUACGGACCCAACACGAACCUAGGCCACAACUCAAUCAUCCUCAUGAUCGAGGCCCAGUCGCGCUAUCUCAACGCCCUCGUUGCCGCUGUCCUCGACGCCCGCAACCGUGGCAAGCGAAUCGGCCUUGUGCCUAACGCCCAGCGCACAAAAGUGUACAAUGAUGAGCUCCAGCAGAAACUUGCCACGAGCUCGUUUGCGGACCCGAAUUGUAGCAGUUGGUACAAGAACAGCGAGGGGCGAAUCACGAAUAAUUGGUCUGGCACGGUGAUUGACUAUCAGGAGAUGAUGAGCAAGGUUGACUGGGAGGAUUUCGAGGUCACAAGCGUCAAGCCUGUAUAUAAUGGUAAUGGUGUAAAUGGUAAGGGUGUACAUGCUGAAAAGGAGGGUGGAGUAAGAGCCAGCAAGGUCGUCUUUGGGACUGGAAAACAGACGACCAAGAUCGGACGUGUGCAUGAGGAGUCGUACAAAUUCAGUAUGACCAUGUGGUAA